GGCUGGAAUUUGGAAAACCCUAUCAACAAACAAACCUUACAAAAACCCAGAGAGACAGAGAGAGAGAGGGUCUCACUCACGUCGCAUGGUGUCUCUGAAUCCGAAUCCACCCGAGGGCUUCUACUUGGAUCCCACUGGAAUGGCUCUGCCCGCCUUCGGCGGCCCCUCUUUCUCGGUGCCGCCCCCCACCGCCUCCACGACGUCGUCCUCUGACGACGCGAGCAAGAAGGUCCGCAAACCCUACACUAUUACCAAGACCCGCGAGAGCUGGACCGAGCCCGAGCACGACAAGUUUCUCGAAGCCCUACAGCUUUUUGACCGCGACUGGAAGAAAAUUGAGGCAUUUGUUGGGUCAAAAACUGUCAUCCAGAUACGUAGCCAUGCACAGAAGUACUUUCUUAAGGUCCAGAAGAGUGGGACUAGUGAACAUCUACCUCCUCCUCGUCCGAAAAGGAAAGCUGCUCAUCCCUAUCCACAGAAGGCCUCCAAAAAUGCUCCAGUGCUCUCACAAGUGACAGGAUCUUUUCAGAAUGCACCUGUUCUAUCUGAGCCUGUAUUUGUAAGAAGGCCUGAUUCAUCUCCACUACUGAGGAAUCCUGUUACAAGUGCAGCUUUAUCUUCCCGAACUGACAACUCUGCCCAUACAGUUAGUUUAUCACACAAAACAAAAGGUAAUGUGAGAUCUGCAGGUCAACAGCUGGCAAAUAACUGUUGCAGUAGCACUGAAAGCACUCCAAGGACAUGGCCAACUGGAGAUAUAACUGAGCAAGGGACUCAUGGUUCCUCAUUGAGAGUUCUGCCCGACUUUGCACAAGUGUACAGCUUCAUUGCCAGUGUGUUUGACCCAGAUGCUACAGGUCAUCUGCAAAAACUAAAGAAGAUGGACCCAAUUGAUGUUGAAACAGUGUCACUAUUGAUGCGAAACCUUUCCAUUAAUUUGACCAGCCCAGACUUUGAGGAACACAGGAGGUUGCUCUCAUCCUAUGAUAUUGAUGCGGAGAAGGAUAACCCUAGUGGUUUGAGCAAGCCUCACUAUGGUAAUCAAUCUGAUGAUACGGGGCAAUAAAAGGAGAGAACAUUGAGGUUCGGAAAGCUGUGAAAUGUUGUUUGGUUUGCCAGUUUGUAAGUACCAGUCACCCUCCGUUCGCCAUCUUCUGCCUACUGCCCGUUCAUUGAUUGACAACUUCCAUUUUAUGAUGUAUAUAGCGUAUAUGUAAGAGAAAAAAAAAAAAAAAAAGUAAGAAGUCAAAAUGCGGGAAUGUAAAAUUAUAAAGCCAGUUUGUAAAUUUGAGAUUUUGUUUUCAAGUUGCUCUAGUAGAGAAGCUUGUUAGAAUGUGUAUGAAAAUCCUGAUUCUGAUGCUUAUUUAUUUUAUUACCCUCUGCGUUCCAUUU